GACCUGGGAUUUUGCUAAUCAGAAUGAAACAAAUGUUGAAAGACUUUUCAAAUCUAUUAUUGGUGGUACUCUGUGACUAUGUUCUUGGAGAAGCCGAGCAUCUCCUCUUGGGAAAGCCAGGCCAUGUAGCGCUAAGCAACAACACGGUGUCUGUGGAUUUCCGGCGUUUCGGUGGUGCCAAUGGGACGCUGAGGAAUGUGUCUGUCCUGUUGCUGGAGGCCAGCACCAAUCAGACAGUGACCGCCAAAUAUCUCCUGACCAACCAGUCCCAGGGCACACUGGAGUUUGAAUGCUUCUACUUCAAGGAGGCUGGAGACUACUGGUUCACGAUGGCUCCGGAGGUGGCCGACAACGGUACUCAAGUCGGCCACUGGGAGCAAAGAGCCUUUCUCAAGGUUGAAUGGCCCGUCUUUCACAUUGACUUGAAUAGGACGUCCAAGGCAGUGGAAGGCACCUUCCUUGUGGGCCUUUUCACCCAUCAGCCACUGUGCUUCUUCCCUGUGGACCAGCCUGACGUCUUGGUGGACGUCAUCUUUACCAACAGUCUGCCCGAGGCAAGAACAAGUCCAGGUCAGCCGCUGGAGAUCAGAACCAGCAAGAGGACAGAACUCUCUCAAGGUCAGUGGCUUCAGUUUGGCUGUGCGCCUGUGGGGCCGGAAGCCUACGUCACGGUGGUGCUGAAGCUGUUUGGCCGAGACUCGGUCAUUACCUCCACAGGACCCAUUGACCUGGCCCAGAAAUUUGGAUACAAACUGGUGAUGGCACCAGAACUCACGUGUGAGUCUGGGGUGGAGGUGACAGUCUUGCCCCCACCAUGUAUCUUUGUCCAAGGAGUGAUCACGGUCUUCAAGGAGGCCCCCAGACGCCCUGGGGAAAGGACCAUUCAGCUAGCUGAAAACAGCCUGACCUUGGGAGAGAGGAGAACCGUAUUCAACUGCACUUUGUUUGACAUGGGGAGGAAUAAAUACUGCUUUGACUUUGGCGUUCCAAGCAGAAGCCAUUUUUCCGCCAAGGAGAGGGAGUGCAUGUUAAUUCAGAGAAACAUAGAAACUUGGGGACUGUGGCAGCCGUGGAGCCAAUGUAGUACCACGUGUGGGGAUGGUGUCAGAGAGCGACGCCGCGUGUGCCUGACUUCCUUCCCCUCCAGACCUGGCUGCCCUGGAAUGUCCUCGGAGACCUCCCUGUGUUCCCUGGAGGAGUGUGCUGCUCUCCAGCCAUCCAGCGCGUCUCCUCUUCAGCCUCAGGGCCCCGGGAAGUCCAACAACGUCGUGACGGUCACGGGCAUUUCCCUGUGCUUGUUCAUCAUCCUCGCCACGGUGCUCAUCACGCUGUGGCGGAAGUUCGGCCGCGCCCCCAAAUGCAGCACCCCGGCUCGCCACAGCUCCAUCCACUCCCCCAGCUUCCGGAAGAACUCCGACGAGGAGAACAUCUGCGAGCUGAGCGAGCAGCGCGGGAGCUUCUCGGACGGGGGCGACGGGCUGGUGGGGGGCCCCAGGGACGCAGGCAUCCCCCUGACCUACAGGCGCGGUGGGCCGCUGUCCGCGGAGGACGACGCCUCGGGCAGUGAGAGCGUGCAGUCCAACGCACAGAAGAUCAUCCCUCCGCUGUUCAGCUACCGCCUCGCCCAGCAGCAGCUCAAGGAGAUGAAGAAGAAGGGCCUGACGGAAACCACCAAGGUGUACCACGUGUCUCAGAGUCCCCUGACCGACACGGCCAUCGACGCGGCCGCUGUCCCCCCCUUGGACCUGGAGGGCCCCGAGGAGGCUGUGGCCAACAAGUUCCGGCUCAAAUCCCCAUUUCUGGAGCAGCCGGUGGUGGGGGUAGCGGCCAGGCCCCCCUCCAGGCGGGACCUUCCGGUCUGUGCCGCCAGCUGUGCGGUCAGCCCCAGCCAGACCGUGAUCCGCAAGUCCGCCCUGAGGCACGCGGGCGGCAGAGGGGCGCUGCCAGAGAGGAGCCACCCCAGGGGCUCCCACUUCAGGAGGACCGCGAGCUUCCAUGAAGCCAGGCAGGCCCGGCCGUUCCGGGAGCGGAGCAUGUCCACCCUGACCCCACGGCAGGCCCCGGCCUACAGUUCCAGGACGCAGACCUGGGACCAGGCGGAAGAGCGAUCUCGGCCUCAGAGUCGAGGUGCUGCCCCGUCCCCUGAGAAACCGGACCAUUUCCACGGGGCAGGUACAACCAGAGGCCCAUUAAGCCCUCCCCCUAAAUCCUACAGCCUGGGGCAGCCCGCGAGGAAACCAGACCUGGGGGAUUACCAGGCAGGAUUCAUGGCGGGCGGUGAGAGAACGGAGCUGCACAGAGCCCGGAGGGGCCCGUCCCCCAGUCACAGGAGUGUCUCGAGGAAGCAGCCUUCUCCCACGGCCCCCAAAGAGAGCUACCAGAGGGUGAGCCCUCUGAGCCCUUCUCAGUGUAGGAAAGACAAGUGUCAGAGCUUCCCAGCCCAGCCUGAGUUCGCCUUCUAUGACAAUACGUCAUUCGGCCUCACCGAGGCAGAGCAGAGGAUGCUGGACCUCCCAGGCUAUUUUGGGUCGAAUGAAGAGGAUGAAACCACAAGUACACUCAGCGUGGAGAAGCUGGUCAUCUAGACCCAGAUCAGCCUGGGACUUCACACAACUGGGGUCCUUUGCCUGGCUCCUGGUAUCAGUGGCUCACAGUGUUCUAUGGACUGUAUGAUGUAGCUUAUUUGUACAUUAGGAUGGGGGGGUAACUCAAGUGUUCAUAUGUGUUUUAAUUCAUAAGGAAGAAGUUACUUAGCCUGAACUUUUCCCUUUGUUAUCCUAGUUCCCUUGGUUUAUUACUAAUAAGUACAAUAAUAAAAUUUAAACAAGAGUGAAA